CGUACAUACAUACUUGCUUCUCUUACCUCGGGUGAUGGCCAGUGCUGUGCAAAUAUCUCUGACUGCUUGCUAUACAAUGGUGACAAUUGGAGAUUGCUUUGUUCCCCAAGUCGUGCCAGUGGCUGACUGGACGUUCGGAAACGGGGAAGGGUCUUCGAAAAUUUUUUAACAUGCCGUCUUCGUCAUGAUAGCCAUUCAUGGUGGUCCAUACUUGGGAACUCUCGCUCGGGUCGGGUCUAGAGUGGCCUUCAAGAGGGGGAAGUUCCCUCUUAUAAGAAGUGAUCUCGUUCUCCGACUUUGAACUUCCUUCUUCAUCGACAUCAGGUUCCUCAUCAUCUGACAUUUGUUGUCAUAUGUUCGUCUAACCCGGCUCGCUGCUCCUUAUCCACCAUCUCGUCAACAUCACUCGCUUGUUGGCUGUUUUCUAUCUUCCAUACAACUUCACUCACUCAGCCUGUACUCUCCUGAAGAGCACCUCAACUCCCAAGUGGCAAGAUGAAGACGUUUACUACCCUCGCCUCACUGGCGGUUUCGGCUGCCAUCGCCAACGCCCAGGGACUCGCCGUCGUCAACGAUCGACUCACAUGCACCAUUCCCAACGCCUCCUACUGUGCCGGCCCUUAUAUCGUCCGAUGCGAUGGAAUCUUUGCUCUGCCUAGAGUGGACUGCAACGUCGAACUGGUCGGAGCAACCCCCGCCGGCAACGACGGCCUAGCCACCUGCUGGCAGACUUCCUCCACCAGCGGUGACGCCGCCUGCCAGAAGAACUGCCGCGUCUACGCCCCACGGCCCUUCAACUUGGCGGCUGAUGAGUGCACCCCUAACUUCCCCGCGACCACCACCACCGCCGCCGGAACCACCACCACCGCAACAACCACCACUGCCCCCAACACCAACACCAACACCAAUACCAAUACCAACACCAACACCAACGGCGCCACUACCCUCCCGCCACCCACCACUCGCCCCUCCACCACCGCCUCCGCAUCAUCUACCUGGGACCACCACCACUGGACCAACCUCCGCAUCCUCCUCCGCCGCCCCGACCCGUGGCCCCCGACCCGUGGCCCCCGACCCGGCCCCUGGACCAAGAAGCCCAAGACUUCUCACAAGACCAAGUGGGAGACUUCCACUGAUUGCGAAACUGAUACUGUUACGGCCACUGCUGCUCCGGUUACCGUUGUGCCCACUAAGAUCCCAGUCCCGGUGCCGGUGCCGGUUCCCACUACCCUGGCUCCUGCUCCGAACCCUCCUGAUCCGAAGCCUCCUGCUCCGAACCCGCCUGUCGUUGUGCCCACGCCUCCGAAGGAAACGUCGGCUGCUGAUCCUAUUGGUGUCCCGCCGCCGGUGGUGACUGCUAGUGCGCAGAAGGUGAAGGCUGCGACGGCAGGGUUGAUGAUUGUUGGUGGUGUUGUGUUUUGGUUUCUUUGA